AUGGAUGGUUCAAACGAUUCCCUCGAGGAGUUCCUUGUCAUUGCGGUUGGUGCAACGAAGAGAGCCGGAGAGGUGGAUCUGGUCACGGAAACGGAUAAGGUUUGCGAGGAUCUCAUAUUUAAUCAUCUUAAGCAGCAUUUCCCCGAGCAUAAGUUCAUUGGAGAAGAGACAACUGCUGCGUGUGGUAGCACAGAACUGACCGAUCAGCCGACUUGGAUUGUUGACCCACUUAAUGGGACAACUAAUUUUGUUCAUGGGUUUCCCUUUGUUUGUGUGUCUAUUGGUCUCACAAUUGGGAAGGUUCCUACUGUUGGUGUUGUUUACAAUCCAAUAAUGGAGGAGCUUUUUACUGGUAUUUGUGGGAAAGGUGCUUUUCUAAACGGGACUCCUAUAAAAGUGUCAACACAAACUGAACUGGUGAAGUCGCUCCUUGCAACAGAAGUUGGCAAAAUGUGUGACAAAUUUAUAGUCAAUUCACCCACAAAAAUAAUUAAUACCUUACUUUUCAAGGUAAAAUCACUUCUUCAAAUGGAACAUAUUGGGACUUCAAUUAGAUGUAGAAGUUUGGCAUGCAUAGUAAUUUUUUUUCAGAUUAUCAGGUGCGAUCGCUUUGGACGAGUAGUUCCUGUGCAUUAAAUCUCUGUGGUAUUGCAUGGGGUAAGGAUUGACCUCUUUUAUGAGCUCGGAUUUGGGGGUCCUUGGGAUGUGGCAGGUGGAGCUGUAAUUGUUCAAGAAGCUGGUGGACUGGUUUUUGAUC